CCCGAUGUCUCCGACUUGGACAGAGGCGAACAUCGAUGGCUUAAGUCAGCAAUCAACCCCAAUUCUUUCUCAUUCCGUUUUCAUCGGCUUCUCGAUGGCCCGCCACGAUCUUUCUUCCCAUCUUCUAGCAUCUACCGCCGCGGAAUCUCAUCGCCACCGUUGACGGCGACGGCAACUCCUCCUCCCGCUAACCCACCGCUAACCACCAGAACUGCGAUCGGGCCGACUCAAAUAAUAAUCACCACAUUCCUCCUCACUCUAACUCCACUACUCUCCGCAACCCUUUCGAAUUCGUCACCUCCGACGCUUCCUUCUCCGUCCUCCGCCGUGCGCCAUCGAUCCCUUCCGCAACGAACUCCCCGUAUCGACGGACUGUACGAGGUUUUGUAGAUUUUGCUGCUCCUUCCGAUCGUAGUAAUCAGAUUGCUUCUUUGGAAUCUGUUUGGGCGUGAGCUUCAGCUACGAAAUUGGCGAUUUGGGGAUGGAAAGACAAGCACAGCCCUAUACCCAGAUGGCGCUCUCGCCUCAUGUGGGUCACUAGGUUUACUGCCCGUGGCAUUCUCUUCUCUUUGGGGUCUGAUUUUAGCUCUCCCUCUUUUCCCUCGCUCCAUCCUCCCUACUCCCUCUUAUAAGUUGGUGGCAACUUGAGAUACUACUAUUCUAGGAUUGAUUAGUGGUGUUUAUUAUUAUUUUUUUGUCUGAUUGCAAUUACUGCAUCUAGCUACCAGUUGAUAUGAAGGAAAGGAAUUGCUCCGACGUUUAUCAAAUCAUGUUUCUUAGAUCGAACCCAUUUUUUUUUUCUCUAUGAGAUGUGCCCUACCGUUGUUGCUUCCGAGUCGCAUGAUGCUUUAUCUUUUGUGGGAACCAUCAGCAGAAUUAUGCAGCCACAGGAGAACAAGGUUAAGGCUGCAAAGUGGGCUGAACCAUUCCUAGGGACAGUUGGAACGAAACGGAUCCCAACUGUGAAGGAUAAGUUGGUGGUGGUAACACAUAUACGGUCACUGAGUGCAACUGCUGUGGAAGCUUAUGAGACCUCAAAGACUGCAAUAAUAGCUCACAUAGUUCUGGUACAAAAGAAUGAUGGAUUCCUACUUUCAGGGCAUAGAGGCUGGGUCAGCUGGGAGGAAAAUGAAGUUAAUUGGGCUGCUGAUGUGUUUAAAGGGUCUUCUCCUAAAAAUGCAGCUGCAAAACUCACCUGGAUUACAUUGAUUAGUAUGCUAUGGGGGCAGGGGUCUGUGCGUUUUACUGAGGUGCUUCUGCUAGACCUUAUCAUGGCCGAAUGGGCCAGUCUUGGAGGGCCAGCGCCUCAAGACCUGCGCCGGGCCCAAACUCCCCCGCCUAAAGCAGCAAUACACUCACCGCACACGUGCACAGCAGCAAACGACCACAACAAGUCACGAGCUGCCGACGAGAACCCUUUUCCCGUGUCGUCUUCGGUCUACAGCGUCGCCAUCCCCUGCCCCUGA